UUAUCUGUACUUGUAUUUGUUUUAUGUCUUCAAAUUUUUCCUCUCAACAUGUUUAAUUUAUAUUUUUCUUUUGUUUCUCAUUUAUGCAGCAAAAAUAUAAAUGGUUGCCACAAUAUGAUCAUGCUAUUAAGAAAAUUUGGAAUGCAAAGUGUGCAAAAAUUUUAAGAAAUACAAUGCCCACUGUUAGGCAAGACUUGUAUAAAAAACAAGUUAGGGCUAAGAGGAUUCCACGUCAAGUGAUGACCGAGCUAGAGAGAAUAUGGGCAUCAGAAGAUUACAAGGCUAAGUGUGAGAUUGUCAAGGCUAAUCGAGCCUCAACUACAGGAGGCACUCAACACAAAGGUAGAAGUAUUCCUAAUACUGAGCAUAAGAGGAGACUGGCUUUGGAGUUAGAAAGAGACCCUUCUAUGUUUGAAUUGUUCAAGAGGACACAUUUAAAUGACAAAACUGGAAAAUUUACAGACCAGCGAGCGGAAUUAGCUCAUGUGAGUAUAUGUUUCUAAUAUUUGAC